ACUUUGAACAUGCUGUAGAUUUGAGGUCAACAACUUCUGCAACAUGGGUGGUGGAUAUCUCUUAAUUGAUGAUGUGACGAGCACUGAGAAGAAGACAAACAGAAUCUUUGUCUUGAUGUUGAUUCUCUGUCUUCACUUUGGACUGGUGAAACAGAACAAGAUUUUCCCACUGGACAUGGCACCUGAUUCCGUUGAUGACAAAUACGAUGGCUGCAGAGACGAAGCCUUUCAGAGGGUGGAUGACUACUACCUCCCACAUGAGAAAAACACCACCACUAACUUCAGAAGAGCCUGGGACAUGGCAGAGAAACAUGCAUCCAUUCCAACAGAUGGUCUGCAGAAAGUGCAUUCCGUCUCUAUGUAUUUGUACACAAAUAACAAACCCCAACCUCCUUCUGAAUCCAUCUACAUAGACUUCAACAAAGCAGUUAGACAAGGCAGGUAUGGUUAUGGAACAUCAUUCCAGUACCAUUCCCUGCACUUCUAUCUGACUGACGCCAUGCAGAUUCUCAAACAAAGUCAAACAACAUGUUGGACCACCUACCGUAGAACCAAUGUAACUUUUGAUCAGGAUGUUGUCAACAAAGAAAUGCGCUUUGGUUAUUUUGUCUCAAGUUCUUUACAUAAGACUUUAUACGAUUUUGGAGACACAUCCUGCUUUGAGAUCAACACAUGUUUUGGUGUUAACUUGACAUAUUACUCUGCCUAUGCAAACGAGGGGGAAGUUUUGAUUCCUCCCUAUGAGGUAUUCAAAGUGACCAACAUCCAGACAAAGUCAGCAGUCAGUAACCUGUGGUGUGAAGUCGUCUACACUCUAAAGAGCACUGGGAAAUGGAAGAGUGACCUGAAUUGUAAAGCAAUAGAUACAGGCUACUGCUACAUGAAGCUACUAACUGUGUUCAUUGUCACAAUAGUGUUCAUAUAUUUACAACACUAAAAUAGUGAUUUUGUCAGACAGUAUAGGCAGCAGCUCUAUAGAGAUGAGAUGAUGACAUGGAAUGACAUACUGAAGUCAUAAAAUAAAACCAAUGUAACAGAAAUAUUUAAUUAAAGUAAUGUGAAUAAAUGUUGGUUAAAACGUAUUAAGUGAUAACAAGUAAUGGUCAGUCACUACCAUCAUGGGACUUUUACUAAGAGUUUUAUCAUGUGUUACAUCAUUUAACCUACAUAACGCAUAGUGUAUUGUUUAAAAAAUAAUACAACUAUUUUUUAUUGUCAAACUGAAACCAAACCAACCUCAAAAAGCACUAAUCGCUCAGCACUACCUCCUAUCGUGGAACCAAAGUGUAUUUUGAUCAGUACAAAAUAUCAGUUUCGGUACCUUCACUUUGAGCACUAUAGGCAAGAAAAUAGGUAGAGAUUCAUUUGGAGCGACGUCCUGCUUUGAGAUCUCCACAUGUUUUGGAGCUGACAUAUCAUAUUACUCUGUAUUUACAGGAGAGAGAGAAGUCUUAAUUCCUCUCUAUGAGGUAUUCACAGUGACCAACAUCCAGAAGAAGUCACCAGAGAAUAACCUGUGGUGUGAAGUUGUCUACACACUAGUGGCCACUGUAGUUUGGAAGAAUUGAACAGCUCAUACAGGCAACAUAAUGCUCUUUAAUUAUGUUCUGUAUAGUACUGAUCAUCCCAUCACCAAUGUACAACGGGAAGUCAUCUGAAACAAAGAUAUCUUUCUCAGCUCUCAGGUGUAAUGAUCCUGUUAAAUGGUUAAUCCCGCAUUACUUCCUCAGAUUAAUAAUUUAAAAAAAUUGUGAAAUUAAAAAUGUAAUGUGAUUUGUAAUUUGAUUAUAUUUUCAGCAUGUGCCCUCCAGCUUUUGAUAAAUAAAUAAAAACAUUGAGCAUGAUUAAAUCCCAUGUCCUAUGUAUCCAC